CCGAACGGCGACGCGAGCGUCAACUACGAGAUCGCUGUGGCCAAGACCUCGCCAACUCAGGGCGAAGAGGGCAACCUGAUCCCCGAGUCUAGUCCUGCGACCCCAGCAGCGACGCAGGUGAGGUUGAUCAACGGCAACGGUGUGGUUGUGACGCAGAGCGCUCAGCUCAACGGGAGCCUCGUCGUGGAAAGGGACGCUCUCACCCUGUGGCAGCCCGGCAAGCCGUACCUCUACACACUGGAGGUCACCGCCGAUGAUGAUGUCUACCACCUGCGCAGCGUGGGCAUCCGCACGAUCAAGGUCUCCGGCGCGCAGUUCCUCAUCAACGGAAAGCCGUUCUACUUCCACGGCGUCGACAAGCACGAAGGCGUCGGCGAACGGGACUCCGAUAUCCGAGGCAAGGGAGUGGACGACGUCAUCGUGGUGAAGGACUACAACAUGCUGCAGUGGCUCAAUGUCUCGGCCUACCGCACGAGCCACUACCCUUACGCGCCCCAGUUCUACGAUAUGGCCGAUGAGCGCGGAAUUGUCAUCAUUGACGAGUGCCCCGCAGUCGGACUUGCCGAAGCUUCGUACUUCAACCCGACCACUCUGGCGCACCACAAGCAGGUGAUGUAUGAAAUGAUCCGCAGGGACAAGAAUCACCCCAGCGUGGUGAUGUGGAACGUCGCGAACGAGCCGCGCUCGGAUAUGCACGUGGCCUACAACUACUUCAAGGAAGUGGCCGCCUACACUCGCGAGACCGAUCCCACGCGAAGGCCGAUCACGCUGGUCAACAACGUCGACUACACCGGACAGACCUGCGCCGAGUUCUUUGAUGUCGUGUGCAUCAACAGGUACUACGCGUGGUACUCGGACUCGGGGCAGCUGGAGGUGAUCCCCUACCAGCUUGACACUGAUCUUCAGGGCUUCUGGGCCAAGUACCAAAAGCCGAUAAUUGUCAGCGAGUAUGGAGCUGACACCGUGCCUGGCCUGCACCACGACCCCGCCUUCAUGUUCACGGAGGACUUCCAGGUGGAGUUCCUCAAGCAGUACCAUAAGGUGUUUGACCAGUACAUCGGCAAGUUCCUCAUCGGCGAGCUCGUGUGGAACUUUGCCGAUUUCAGGACCGGCCAAUCACCAACCCGAGUGGGAGCCACCAACCUGAAGGGAGUGCUCACCAGGCAGAGAGAGCCCAAGGCCGCUGCCUACACGCUCAAGGAGCGCUACUCGCACCUGAAGAAGUCCCUGCCCGCCCUUGGCCAUUCCUCCCCGCUCCACAACACCAAACCCGACAUCCUCCUCGCCUAA